AUGGAACUUAGAGUCGGGAACCGAUACAGACUCGGCAGAAAAAUCGGAAGUGGUUCGUUUGGGGACAUCUAUUUAGGCACAGAUAUUUCUGUGGGCGAAGAAGUUGCCAUUAAGUUGGAAUGCGUGAAGACCAAGCACCCCCAGCUUCACAUUGAAAGCAAGAUCUACAAAAUGAUGCAAGGAGGAGUGGGUAUUCCAACUAUAAAAUGGUGUGGAGCAGAAGGUGACUAUAAUGUCAUGGUGAUGGAGCUGCUGGGACCCAGUCUGGAGGAUCUCUUCAAUUUUUGCUCCCGCAAGUUUAGCCUCAAGACGGUCCUUCUUCUCGCUGAUCAAAUGAUCAGUCGCAUCGAGUACAUCCACUCCAAGAACUUCAUCCACAGAGAUGUGAAGCCAGAUAACUUUUUGAUGGGGCUGGGCAAAAAGGGCAAUUUGGUCUACAUUAUUGACUUUGGCCUGGCUAAGAAAUAUCGCGACGCCCGCACUCACCAGCACAUCCCCUACCGCGAGAACAAGAACCUGACAGGAACCGCACGAUACGCAUCAAUCAACACCCAUCUGGGGAUCGAGCAGUCCAGGCGUGAUGACUUGGAGUCCUUGGGCUAUGUUCUUAUGUAUUUUAAUUUGGGCUCCCUGCCUUGGCAAGGCCUCAAGGCUGCCACCAAGAGGCAAAAGUACGAACGGAUUAGUGAGAAGAAAAUGUCCACCCCCAUUGAGGUUCUAUGCAAAGGAUACCCUUCUGAAUUUGCCACCUACCUGAAUUUUUGCCGUUCCCUGCGCUUCGACGACAAGCCUGACUACUCGUACCUACGGCAGCUUUUCCGGAAUCUUUUUCACAGACAGGGAUUCUCUUAUGACUAUGUGUUUGACUGGAAUAUGCUCAAAUUUGGAGCCAACCGUGCAGCAGAGGAAGCAGAACGAGAGCGCCGUGACCGAGAGGACAGGCUGAGACAUGGCAGGAACCCGGCCACUAGAGGAGUUCCCGCAGCAUCGGGACGGCCUCGGGGAGCCCAAGAUCGAGCCCCGCCCACACCGCUCACGCCCACUUCACACACAGCUUCCCCACGUCAAGCAUCCGGUAUGGAACGGGAGCGAAAAGUCAGCAUGCGACUGCACCGCGACGCCCCCGUCAACGUUUCCUCUUCAGAUCUCACCGGACGACAAGACACCUCGCGCAUGUCCACCUCACAGCAUUCCUUACGAACAUCACGCCAAGUAGACGCUCGCCACAUACUUGUGUGA